AUGUCUUCAAGAACGGCAUCUAGAUUGAUGCUGUCGUUGCGACCCCUUUCAAGACAUUGCAAUGUUCAAGCUUCAUCUAUGUCGAUUGGUUCACUUCUUCUCGCUGGUGGUGAUAGUAUCCAUCCCUCCAGUCGAGCAUUGCCUUCCUGCUCGUCGUCUUUCGUCCGCCAUAGCUCUCACUCGCCGUUGGGGACGUCGCCGAUCAAUCCUCGGAAGAAAAUUACAAUGCAGACCCUGCAGAAUCUCUACAAGAAGGGGGAGCCAAUAACCAUGUUGACGGCCCAUGAUUUCCCCAGUGGUCAUGUUGCUGAAGCGGCUGGCAUGGAGAUGGUCUUGGUCGGUGACAGUCUGGCUAUGGUUGCUCUCGGUAUGGAGGAUACCAGUGAGGUGGUUAUGGACGAAAUGCUGCUGCAUUGUCGAAGUGUGGCUCGGGCUGUUAAGAGCGCUUUCACGGUUGCUGAUCUGCCCAUGGGAUCUUAUGAGGUCUCACCUGAACAGGCGGUUGAAUCGUCGAUCCGCAUCGUGAAAGAAGGGCGUGUACACGCUGUGAAGAUUGAAGGGGGCAUCGAAAUGACCCCGUCCAUCAAACGCAUCACACAGGCCGGCAUCCCUGUCGUAGGCCAUAUUGGUCUCACCCCGCAACGUCAGAACGCCCUGGGUGGGUUCAGAGUUCAGGGGAAAUCUACCGCGAGUGCCCUGAGUCUGUUGAAGGAUGCCCUUGCCGUGCAAGAAGCCGGUGCGUUCAUGAUUGUUCUCGAGGCCGUGCCAGCGGAAAUCGCUGCUAUCAUCACCAAGAAACUCAACGUGCCGACAAUUGGUAUUGGAGCUGGAAAUGGAUGUUCCGGACAGGUCCUUGUUCAGAUUGACAUGAUCGGAAAUUUCCCCCCUGGUCGAUUCCUUCCCAAGUUUGUCAAAAAAUAUGCCGAUGUCUGGGCCGAGACGAUCAAAGGAAUCAAGCUGUACCAUGAUGAAGUCAAAAGUCGCGCGUAUCCUUCACAAGAAUACACCUAUCCUAUCCCUAAAGAAGAGCUGGCGGAGUUUGAAAGAAUUGUUGAUCAAUCACCUAAUUAA